ACGUGUUUUUUGUAUCGUUUACUCCUUAGAGGCAAAAACAAAGGCUUUGACUGUGACUGUGUCUGUGUUGUUUUUAGGAAAGGUAAACCUGCUAGAAAACUGUAUGUGACAUUUACCAUAUUUGGCUCCCAAACCUAACUCUUUCUCACACACGCACACACACACACGCACAGGCGUCUGUUUCACAUCUCCCACAGUGCCCUCUUUAUCAGAGCGAAACGGAAGGGCGGAAAGAACAGCGGAAGGGAGGGGCUAUAAUUUUGAGAGAGCUCGCUCAACUGAUCCUUUCCAUGCAACACAUCAUUCAAGCACACUUGUAACAAAACCCACUCGAUAGUUUACGGUAGUACAUUAACGUCAAACUAUAAGUUAUAUAGCUAGACAAGGUGAGGCAAGAUUUUUUCUUACACCUCCUUGCUAAUAAAUACUUGCAACAAACGGAACAGCACAAGGAUACACAACAUUCAAACACACACUCACAGAGAUAUAACACAAACACGUACGUAACAACUUAGUGCAAGAUACUUACCCAAAUCCAGCACCUAGUGCACCGAUAAGCAUUUUUUGAUAACUGUCUACAGAGAGAGAAAAACAACAAAUAUAAACAGGCAAGAGAUAAACGAUAGAGCGCUCAGCCCCAAAGAAAAAGAGGGGUGCGUUUGUGUCUGUGUGUUUAUUGUAGUAUAUGCUCCUGCGGCAACAAUCUUAAACGAUAAGCGUAUAGUCAGCGUCAGUGUCAAGUAGUAGUACUCGUUGCAAGUGUCUUUUGCUGGAGCUAAUCAAUCGCCAAAAGGAAAAACAACCGAUACCGUCUAAUAAGCGUAACGCGUGCUGAAUGACUUUCUCAGCCAAUGCUAUUUUGCUAGCCCGAUGCAUGAAUUGAUGAACCAGUAGCAGCUGUCUGGAGGUGUAGCGAAAGUACGAGUUGCAUCCGUAUUAUUGUAUGCGUAUAGGUGGUUUACUCACUGUGCUUAGUAUUCUAAUACCAAUCAACCCUAUCCGCGCCGUAUCACUUUCAUCGGAGAGCUGUCAACUACCACUAGUCGUCAGCUGUCAAACGACAACAUAAACAAACACACACGUAAACACCGUGCGAAAGCUGUGUGCGAGUCCCACCAUCACGCAAGUAGGCUAGCCGAAACCAAUCUACCGGACUUGUCUUGAAGAAGGAAUUAAGUCGCAAAUUCGCUCUGCUGCUCUGGAGCUUUGCAGCAGCACAACACCAACUGGGCGCUAACAAGUUUCCCAAAACCCACCCCCGCCCCCAAUACACCUGCUUCCGGGCCCGACCUCAUCAUCGCCGGCAUUGUCGUCGUUAUUAUUGCUGUUAUCAUUGUUGUUGUUAUCACUGUUUGUUGUUAUUGUUGUGGAUGCGACACUGCGCCAUCGUUGUCGCCGUCGUCGUUGUCGGUGGUGGUGUUAGCAGCAGUAGCCGUCGUAGUAGUAGUAGCAGCAGCAGCAGCAGCAGCAGCAGCGACCCCUCCUAAUCGACAGUGCAGUCCGUGCUGGUAAGAACGCAAGCGCAAGAUGUAUGCAGCAGCAGGUGGCGCCUCGCUGGCGUCACGCCAGGCGCGCAAGAAGCAGGCCCAGCAGAACACAAAAAACAAGGCCACCAAUCAGCAGAUACUGCGGGAGAAGCUCGCGGCGAAGGCGGCCACGACGCCGACCAAGAGCAAACACUUCCACCAGCUACCGGCGUCCUAUCUGCGGGCACCCCAUCAACACCACCGGAAGCUUAGUGCGGGCUACACCAGCAUACCCGGGUCGGACCAGCAACAUCCGCACCACAAGUUCGGUGAUCAGCCCUGCGCGUCCUAUACCGGUGGUCCGGUGGCCCAUGCUCACGCACCACACAUAGGUGGCCCGGGACACGCCCACCACCAUCAUCACCAUCACCAUGCGGCACAGGGAGGUGUUCCGCAUCCGUGUCAUCUGCAUGGUGCUGGACCUUCCGGACAUCCGCCCGCUUCGGGAGCGUCCUUUCCUCCGAUGCCAAAACCGACUGGGUUCCGCGAGUACGAUAAGCUGGUACGUCGGCAGCAGCUUACAAAGUCGGCCACCGCCACACUACCGCUGGUGUCUCAGGCCCAGCAAGAUCUUACACCACCGCAAACACCAACGCUCGGAUUUGGAGAGUCGGCAGGUACCGAACCUCACCAUGGUGGUCACCACCACCAUCACCUACUGUUGCAGCAACAGCAACACCUUCACCAUCACUCACAGCAGCAUCUCGAUAAGGUGGGCAUCUCGGGUCAGGAGGAGGGCGAAAGUGGAGUCACGCAACCGCUGACGCUGCAGAUACCGAACGAUCCGAUCAUCAUUACACCUGCCACACCGCAGGCUACACCCCCGGCCCAUCCGCUGACCAGCCCGACGCCCGGUGCGCUCGAGCGCAAGUGUAGCGUGUACCGGGGCCGCAAGCUCGAUCCGUUCGAGGAACAGUUCUACAACGCGACGACAAUAAACAACGCCCAGCAUCCGCACCAUCAGUAUCAUCCGGACGAUGUGUUCUUCCCGCCGGGGACCGGCAGUGUGCCGAAUGGGGGUGGUGGCCAUUCCACGACCACUACCACACCCGGCCACCAGCAGGUGCCCAAGUGGGACUCGGAGUACUACUGCUGCGAGUGUGAUCAUCGCCAGUACGGUGUGUGUACCUGUGAUCAGUUCGAGAUUAUCGCCAACUUUAUCUUCAUCUACACCAUAUUGAAUAUUAUGUCUCUUCGACGAUUCCGAUGCUUCACACUGAAUUCAUUGAGGAUACGCUGA